UGCAACCUUAUCCUCAAAAGUUCUAACAUGUCAAUUCAAUACCUCUGAAUUUUCCCACCAAAAAAAUCAUCAGAAAAAAUACGGUAAAAAAAAACAAUCAAAGAAGAUGGCCACAGCCAUUCUCUCCACUGCAAAAUCCUUCCUCCCUCCAACCCUUUCCUCCUCAGCAUCUUCUGUUACUUCUUCUUCUUCACUGACAACACCACCAACAUUAAUCCAUGUCCAAAAAACAAGUACAAGGAGAGGAUUGACUAUUUGUAAGGCCCUGAGUGAAGAGCCACGCUCACCUGCUCCAAUCCUCACCAAAAGAAGCCUGUCCAUCUGCUUUCUCAACAGCUUUGCCUUCUCAUUGGUUGGCAAAGAUUUCAGCAGUUCUAAUGCAGCAAUUCUGGAAGCUGAUGAUGAUGAGGAGCUGUUGGAGAAGGUUAAGAAGGACAGGAAGAAGAGGCUUGAAAGGCAAGGAGUACUCAGCUCAUCAAAGAAAGAAACAGGAUAUCUGCAGGAACUUGUGUACCGGCUAAGCAAAGCAGGCCAGGCCAUUGAAAGUAACGAUUUGCCUGCAGCCAGUUCGGUUCUUGGAGUCAGCACUGACACAGAUUGGGUUCAGAAGGCGAACCUCGCUUUGAAUAAGCUAAGCUCUAGCCGUGAAGAGAAGACUGAGGUGGAUACAUUCAACUCCUCACUAGCUUCAUUGAUAUCAUCAGUUACGCGGAAUGAUGUAGAGUCCUCCAAGCUAGCAUUUGUGUCUUCUGCCAGUGCAAUUGAGAAAUGGACAACAUUAACCGGGCUCAUUGACCAGCUUAAGGGACUUUAAAACACAGAAGAUUACUCAUUUGAUCACUACAUUUAUUUAUUUAUUUAUUUUCUGAGAGGAAGGCUCUUAAUUCCAAUAAUUCUCUGAAUCAGUAUUACAAAUAUGAGUUCCAGAGUCUCCAUUGAUUUCCGGCUACCACAGUUUUCGCUAGAAACUACAGAUUUAGUUUCAUUGUUCAACCAUACAAUUGAAUUGAAUGAAGGAAGCUUUUCGUUUUCAUGUGCU